AUGGCUGCGUACAAGUACUCCAGCGUUGCGUUUCUUCAAUUCUGCAAGCAGGGAAAUGUGGCGGUCAUGUUCUUCAUGCAGCUCGGCCUCCUGACACGCUUCCACGUGUGUAGCAGUGUAGAUCAAGAGCUCACGGACCGCUUCCUCCACUAUGGCAGCCCACCAGGUCGCUGGCAUAAGCUGUCCGUUCUCAUCGUUGUCAUUGCCGGCUGCACAACGUGUGCGCACGGGGAAAUCCAUUUUGUGAUGGUUGGACUCAUCCUCCAGCUCGCAUCGCAGCUGACUGAGUGCUCCAAGAACUUGAUUGGUGAAGCCGUGAUGCAUGGCGCCGGUCUGAAGCUGGACGUGCUGACUUUCGUGUUGUUCCAGGCACCCUUCUCGCUGAUUUUCCUGACUGUGGGGGUGGUGGCCACCUGGACGCCGGAUGUGCUCGUGGAUUUCAAGAGGCAUUGGCACUGGGUGAUGGUAAAUGCCCUGAUCGCUUUCCUGCUAAAUGUUCUCAUAGCCGUGACACUGAAGAAGCUUUCCGCUCUGUCCUUUGUCAUCAUCGGCGUGGUGAAGGACAUGGUCAUUGUGUCUUCUUCUGCCCUGGUCUUCGGCGACCCGGUUUCUCAGACGCAGCAGGUGGGCUUCAUGGUGACGAUUGUGGGCGUGCUGCUGUGGAGCCGGCUGAAGAUGAAAGAGCAGGCGGCGCGGAUGGACCAGGAACGUCUUCCGUUUGCAAAAACGGCCAAAACAAAGGCGUCCCAAGACCAAGCCUUUGAGAGCUGCAGGGUAGAAGCGCCUUUGCCAGAACCACCUUCGAAGUUCUCUUAA